ACCACAUCCGGGGUGAUGGUAUUCGUGGGAGUUCCCAAGACGGGCCGAGUCAGGCACUCGGUUGUCAACCCCGCAGAAUUAUCCCAGUAGCCAACCGACACACAGCAUGUGGAAAUCUGGGGUUUGAAUCUGGACAUCUAAUCCUUACCCAAGGCCAUGCUUUAAAAAGCUCUUCACCGCUUACCUUAGGUUUAUCAAUCUCCAUUUCACGAUGCGAAAGGUGGCUAUGGCUCUAUUUGAGCAUGACGACGUCACACGAAGAUAAUCGGGCUGAUUCCAGCUCACCUGUGAGUGGUGCCGAUGGGUUGCAAGUGGCCUACAGACCUCUGUCCAACAGCGGCAAGCCGGCAGCCCAGCGCAUGAAGCGAACUCAGGUAUCACGAGCAUGUGCGCGGUGCAGGCGAUUGCAGAAGGGAUGCAGCGAGGUGCGACCGUGUCAACGGUGCGUCAAGACGGGUUUGGCGGAACAGUGUCUUGCUAGCGGAAUCGCACCACCUCUACAGCCGCCUGCUCGAGAGCACCAACAACAUUAUGAUGCCUACAUGAUUGGGACACCCGGAUCCAUCACUUCGCCUUCGUUAUCCUCGCUGGAUCUGCCAAUCACACCGCAAGCUUUUACCAGCUUCGCGCGUGAGUCGUUCCAGCGGCAAAUUGACCUUCUCCCCGCAGCUGUCAUCGACCACUGCACCGAGCGCUUCUUUGCGCGUCUGCGUCCGACGAUACCCAUUUUGACACCAGAGUACGUAGCUACUCUACGACGCAGCGUCGCCGAAGCGUCUGAGGCCAGCAACGAAGCUUACUGCGUACUGCUCGGCAUGUGCACCAUGGUGCUUUUACAGGUCGAGCCGCCAGAGUCCCGACCCGUUGGAUCGGGAGACCGCAUUGUCGCCAAGACCAACGCCAAGUAUGGCUGGAUCCUGCUGGACGAGGCUCUGGCAGCACAUCGUCAUCUUUCGCGGCAGUCGAAUCCGAUUUUUGAGCAUGUGCUGUUUAAUUUUUUCUUGUAUGCGUGUCAUGCGGCGUUGUUUCAUCACAGCCAGGCCUUCUUCUUCCUUAGGGAGACAACGACGCUAUGUAUGCUUCUCAAGAUAGAGAUGCUGCCUGACCUCACGCGUGUGUUGGCCGAGCGACUGUUCUGGGUUUUGGUUGCGUCGGAAAGGUCUCAUGCUAUACGCUACAAACGGCCUAUCACGUUGCAGAUCACGGCCUCUAGUCCAAGCUUUAUGCCCUCCUCAACUUCCCCAGUAAACAGCGCACUUGAAACCUCCGAACUGGCAGGAUUCUGGUGUCUAGCCGCUCUCUUCCAGCCCCUCGACACCUCCUUCAUAGCCAUCCUCAAUGCCGAAACCCUCUCCUGCCCGCCCUCGUCCAGCGCCUUAGAUGGUAUUGAAUCCAGCGUCAACGCCGCCCUCCACUACUCCCCCUCCCCUCCCUCAACCCUCCACCAAACCCAAAAAGCCAACCUCCGCGUCACUCAACUUUGGCUGCGCAUCAUCCUCUGGCAAGUCCGGUUGCGACUAGGCCAGCUCUUCGAAGCCCCACCCGGGUCGGCGGCUAGCUCGCAUACGUAUCAUUAUCCGCUGGUAGUGGCCAAAGACCUCGCGAUGUCGACUCGGGAUCUGGAGUUGGCGAGUAUGAAUGUGCAUGGUGUGGGAUUGACGGAGAAGUUGUUUGAUAUUGCUUGUGUGGUGAUCAAUGUGUUGGCGCGUGUGCCCGUCGGGAUUAUGAGGGCAGCUGCCGAGGAAGAUGUGAGGUAUUUGAGGGGGUUGAUUAGGGAGUUGCCCGGGGGGAAGACGGUGUAUGAACGUUUACUCGUCAAGCAUUUGGUGGCGGUUUUGCCGGGUAUGGUUAGGGGUUAAACGCUCACAUGGUACGGAAACUGGUAUGGUAAUCCACGUAGGUUCGAAGCUGGAAACACAGCGUUGUAAUAGCUACAUAUGGAAUUAAAGGCUUUCAUCAA